AUGUCCUGGAAGCGGUGCUUGUAUCUCCAGCAGGAAUACCCAAUAAAUUACAUGGAGGUCCGUCGGGUAUACAGGAGAAGAGACGUGAAUGAAAUAUACGAGGAUAUAAAUAGAAUGGUCAUCAGGAUAUCCAUAGUGAUGUUGUUCCUCUCUCUCUUCAAGGUUAUGAUGUUAGAAGACAAGCCCGGAAUGUCCAAAUCGUCAUGGUUUUCUUUAUUUCUACAUUCAACACAGAACUUCCUGGAAAACAGGGAAGAUAAAGGGAUCAAUCUUAAGCCAGGUUUCAUGCUACUAACAUUCGCAUAUUUGCUGUCUCCCCUAAUAAGAACCCUAACCCUUGAAAUUCAUCCAAACACAUUAUACAUCUACUUUGCCAUAACGCAAAUACUUUUUAUCAUAGAUUCUGUGUCUGCAUCAAUAUACAACACCAGAUCUUCUAUGGAGGUGAAGGAUGAGCAGACACCUCUCUCUCUUGAAGAGAGCAUAAACAUACCAAAGAGAAUAUCAAGUAAUCAAAUCCUUGGACUGACAUCCUAUUUCUUAGGAUUCAUUCUUUUAUCGUCAAGGUUCAACGAGCCGUCUUCUGUUUUUAAUCUUUUGUGCUUAACAUUCAUGGGGUACAUCAUCCUUUUGAACCACAUAGAACACCUCGAGGUGCAUAGAAGCACAGCUGCAACAGCCCUGAUGUAUGUCUUUGUGUCAAUGAUGACGCUCCUUCCUGACAUAAGAAUAUUCUGUAUAUAUAGCUGCAUUGUCACAUUUGUAUAUUCGGUUUCCCAUAUAUCCGUUUGGUUUCUUGAAAAGAGCCUUAAUAGAAAAGUAGGCUAUACUAAUAAACUUUAA